AUGAUUGAAAAUGGGUUCAGGAGAAUGGAAAAUUUAGAUAUCAAUGUAAAUGAGUAUGGUGUAGACUGGGAAGGACCAGUACCUACUGAAAAUAUUGAACAAGUGGUAUGUGAAGAUCCACAUAAAAUACUUACAGAUGAGCAUUUAUUAGAAUUAAAGAAUAGGCUAAAUCCUCUGGAGGAUGAUGAGUGCUAUGGAAUUAAUGUUUACAAUAAGUGUUUAAGAAUAGUGAUGGAAUUAUUAUCUAGAGCACAUCCUGACUUACUUUACCAUGACAUAUUUUUUUUUAAUUGA